AGCGAAAAUGAAACCACUCGCAGCCAUAAACAGCUUCAGUAGUUGAGUGGUUAUAGCAACGCUCGGCGUCCUCAAAGCGUGUCUGCAGAAAACGCGGCAUGUUUGCUGGGCUCCAUGACUACAAGCAUGGCGGAGGGCCGCAGGACGGUGGUAGUCUCCGGCGUCCCCGACGUGCUGAAGUACAGCAGGAUGGUCGACAAGUUGACCAUUUACUUCCAGAGCCGCAGGCGCAGUCACGGAGGGGACGUGGAGAGCGUGAAAUACCCCACGAACAUGGACGGAGUCGCUUUCGUGACAUUUGACCGAGUUGAAGAUGCUGAGCAGGUGGUGAGAAAGGAGCAGCACACCAUGGUGGACGAGGGCUUUACUCAAGACUACGCUCUCACUGUGUUUCCCUUCAGCACAGAUGUGUUUCUGUACGUGCCCCAAGCCACGGUGGACCUCUCGGUUUUCGGCAGCAACCAGGCCUCUGUGAUCAAGAGUCUACAAUCAGCUCACAGAUCGAUCCGCUUCCAAGCUUUCCCCCAGCAGAGGAAGGCGUCCAUUGAGGGUCCCUUCUCUGCCGUCCAGGCCUUGAGAGAGGACCUCAUCCGCAGGGCCAGCCGUCUCAGACCCUCAUCCCCAACUGCAGACGUCAAACCCAGAGAAGGCCCUCCUAAUCGGAGACCAGCCUCAGAGGAAACGGCAACCAGCUGCAGAGACACUAAAGCUAAGCAGGAAGCAGCAAAGUCUGCCGCCUCACCAAAGCCACUGCAGAGCAGAGGUGAAGCAAGAGAAGUCCACAGCUUGAUCUCAAAAGGGAAAACUCCAGCAGCUUCCUUUAGGCAAAGCGUUUCUAAUGAGAGUUUGGCUGGAGGGAGCUUCAGACGCGCGGACGGGGAGGAAAUAACCGGGACAGUGUCCCCAUCAGGGCUCAGACGGCUCCCUGUGGAAGAUACGUUCACCAAGCAGAGAAGGGAUGAUAGUUUUUCACCGAAACACAGCCUCCCCGCAAUCCAGAGCAGCGCCGACUUUUCAACGGAUCCCAGUGGCCCGAUGAGGAACAGUACCUUCCGUCAGAACCACCUGAGAAAAGGCUCCACUCUCUCUGCAACCACUGCAGACACUUCCAAAGACAUUUGGGUUGACUUAUACACAUUCAGAUACAUUGAAAAAUUUCACAAAGAGGAGUUAAACAGGUGCUUAAAGGGUGUUGACAUUUCUACCAUGGGUAUGGAAGAGCCUGGCAUUAUGCGGAUAUCGCUGACUGAGAAGCAGCCCUCUGAGGCGACCUCAAGAACAGUCAGAGAUGCUGUGGAAAACCUGGAGACUUUGAUGGGCUUCUGGCUCUCUUUUCUUAGAGUUCAUGAGGUCUUUUACAACAAAGCCAAGUUAUUUGAUAAGCAGAAACUGAUUCAGAUCUGCAACGACAUGACCUCCCUGUACGGCGAUGUUCUUUACGUGUUUGAGGAGUCGUGCAUUAAAGUGAUCGGCCCGUCGGUAACCAGCCACCUGUUCUGUAAGAAGGUAGAGGACUGCAUAUCUAAGUGCAGUACUGGGAACCCCAUAAUAAGGAAAAGCAGGAAGUAAAAUCUCAAGGGGAACCACAAGGGGGGGCUGUUGUGCCUGACAAAACCUUUUCCUGCACUGAAAUCUCUACGCUGUUGUUUUUUAUUCAAACAAAGGUGACAAAACUAAAAGAAAUAAUCCAAUGCUUAAUUUAACUUUUAGUUUUCUAUGCUAUAAUCUGUUCCAGUUUUGCAUAAAUUGCAGUUUUAUGUUAAAUCCAGAGGUCUCACAGCAUACGUUUUAAUUAACCGCCUCGCCUCUUUAUUACAGGAAACAGGGCUUCUAAUUAAAAACCAAAAAAGUGACAGAUGCCAAACUCUGGUGUAAUCAGAUCACUUAUCUGCAUGGGGUUUUAAAAAGGUUUUCUCCAAUAAAUUGUGUUAAAUGUCCCACCACUGUCAAAACGUCUAUGAAAAUGCAGAAUUUAAAAUUCAUAAUUUAUAUUUUGCUUGUGUUUUGCUAUAUGUUGUUCUAAAAAUGCAAGUAGAGUGGCUUACUAAAGAAAAUCAUAC